AUGCUCAAAAUGACAUAAUCCCCCCUCAAAUUCCCCUCUCCCUCUCCACUCUCAUAUGACCGAGAGUAUCCCAGGACAGAUUUUGAAUCCUAUGUUCCCUUUUUACCUGAAAGUACACUUUUGCACCAUAUAUUUAUAUAUCUAGAACAACUGCAAAACCCAUCUCUGUCUCUCUCUGAAUUUAUCUGAUUUGAUUUGUACUCCCAUCCUCCACAAUUCUCCUGCCUCCUCCAACAAACCAAAAUCUCCAGAAGACAACCCAAAACCCUAAUUCUCUCUCUCUCUACCCCUGUGAAUUUGCUGGGACCAUCUUCCCCCACCCCCACCCCCCCCCCCUUCCUUGGGGCCAUGCAAUCGCGCCUUGACCUCAGACGCCGCCCAGAAGGCCAGUCAAGAGAGGCCGCGGCCGCCGGCGGCACCGCCAUUCUAGGGUUUUGGAUCCGAUCGUGAGUCAAGCUCGGUCAGGAAAGCGGUGCGCUUGUCUUUUGACGCGAAAUGCUCCGUGAUCGGACCGCGCUCGGUCAGGUGCGGCGAGUGAGGUUCCUCCUGUGAAGAAAUUCUCGACGCUUGUCCGGCGCAAUGUCGGACGACAUGCUGUUGCACCUCUCUUCCAACUCGUCCAACCAAUCGGACCAGUCCACCAAGUUCGCGAAGCUCGAGGCUCGCUUGGUCGGCAAGGCCUCCUCGGCCGUCACUUCGGGCUUGCCCCAGCAGCAGCAGCAGCAGCAGCAGCAGCCGGCGCAAGCUCGGUCCUCGGUUUCUUCGGCUUCGAAAUUCGCGAGCGAUUUGGCCGGGCAGUCGAGUUCCAGCGACUCCGACGACGAUAUUGCAGGGGAGUUUCUUAUACAAGCUAACACUCAGAAGCGGCAAAAGGUUCAUGCGGAUGAUAGUUUAACUUUUUCAGAACCUGUUGAGGCAGUUGAUGGUUUGGCAAAGAUAGCGGAAACCCUGGAAACAAAGGUUAAUUUUGAUGUCAGUCGGAAAAAACAUGGUCGUGGUAGGUCACAAUCUGGAAGGGGCCGUGGGUCCAGAGCUAAUGAUCAAACGAGAUCACAAAUCUCUGCAUCAACGAUUUCACCACUUAAUGGACAGCUUGAGAACUCGUAUCAUAAGGAUACUAGGCCAAAAGAGCAAUUACAAAAUGACGGUCACUACUCUUCAGAGCAGGAGGAGGUUUUGUCUUUACGAGCAAAGGUGGCAGCAUUGGAGGAGGAUUUACGUAAAUCACGAAAAGAGUCAUCUGAAAAUCAGAACCUCUGUCGCCAAUUAGAAAAGGAACUAAAGGACCUUAAAGACCAUGAGCAACAAAUGAAGCCAAAGAGAACUAAAAUAAUAGCUGACCUGUUGAUAUCUGUUUCAAAAGCUGAACGACAAGAAGCAAGACUAAAAGUACGGCAGGAUUCUUUGAGACUUGGCAAUGUUGGUGUAACAAGAGCUGGAACUCUUAUAUCUGAAACGUGGGAGGAUGGACAAGCAUUGAAAGAUUUGAAUGCUCAUCUUAAACAACUAUUGGAAACUAGGGAAGCCAUCGAGCGGCAGCGAAAAUCCUUAAAGAAAAAACAAGCUGACAAAGGUGAUGGACCCGAUGGUGAAAAUGGAGUUCCAGAAGAAGAUUUUCUUCUGCAGGAUGAGAUAUAUAAAUCUCGUCUAGCCAGCAUUAAACGAGAGGAAGAAACUGUCCUACGUGAGAGAGAUCGGUAUGAAUUUGAGAAGGGAAGGCUCAUAAGAGAAAUGAAACGCAUUAGAGAUGAGGAUGGUUCUCGUUUUAAUAGUUUUCAGAUCCUCAAUCAUCGAUAUGCCCUUUUGAACCUUCUUGGCAAAGGUGGAUUCAGUGAGGUUUACAAGCAGGCAUAUGAUUUGGUAGACCAUAAGUAUGUUGCAUGCAAGCUGCACGGGCUGAAUGCUCAGUGGAGUGAAGAAAAGAAACAAAGUUAUAUACGUCAUGCAAUCCGCGAAUAUAAUAUUCACAAAACCCUGGUGCAUCACCAUAUUGUUCGGCUUUGGGAUAUUUUCGAGAUUGACCACAAUACAUUUUGCACUGUGUUGGAAUAUUGUAGCGGUAAAGAUCUUGAUGCUGUCCUGAAAGCAACGCCGCUAUUGCCUGAGAAAGAAGCUAGAAUCAUCAUAGUGCAAAUAUUUCAAGGUCUUGUUUAUUUGAAUAGGAGAGCACAGAAGAUCAUCCAUUAUGAUCUGAAGCCUGGAAAUGUUCUCUUUGAUGAAUUUGGUGUUGCAAAAGUGACUGAUUUUGGUCUCAGUAAGAUAGUUGAAGAUGAUGUGGGAUCUCAGGGGAUGGAACUUACAUCCCAGGGAGCUGGGACUUAUUGGUACUUGCCUCCGGAAUGCUUUGAGCUGAGCAAGACACCCUUAAUAUCAUCGAAGGUUGAUGUAUGGUCAGCCGGUGUUCUAUUUUACCAGAUGCUCUUUGGGAGACGUCCUUUUGGGCAUGACCAGACCCAGGAAAGAAUCCUGCGUGAAGAUACGAUCAUUAAAGCUCGAAAGGUUGAAUUCCCUUCAAGACCUGCUGUCUCAAAUGAGGCAAAGGAAUUGAUUCGUCGCUGUCUAACAUAUGAUCAGGCAGAGAGACCGGAUGUCCUGACGAUUGCUCAAGAUCCGUAUCUCACAUACACAAAGAAAUAGUGUUAAUACAGACACAGGUAAAGGCGCCUGUAGUGUAGAGGGCAAAAGCAAUUUUUUUUGGCUGAAAACAGUGAAAUGAGUUUUUAUACCAAAAUGGAAUUUUGUAUAGGUUGUAAAGGUCUGGUAAUUCCCUUUCUGUUGUUGCUUAUUUACCCAAAAACCCAAAGUACUUCCUUUUUUUGCAA